AUGGCUCGUCAUCAAAUGAUUCCCGGAACCGAUAAAACUGAGUGCCAAACACCGAAACUCGCCCGCAAACGCCAGGCUCCCGAAAGCAGAGGCUCCAACACACCCACUGAUCAAGAGUCAAGGGACGAAAAGAAUGCCAAGUACAGAAGCGCUACUUAUGAAACUCUCCUCGCUACUAAAGGCAGCUUCAUGCGCAAGUCAGAGCUAGGAAUAACCGAUAAGAGCAAGCGGAUUUGUAAGGAUUUAGUGGAAACCGAUCAACCUGUUCCCAAACACACGCUAUUUCGAGACGAUGCCUUUGACGAGUUUUGUCAAAGGCUACAAGGAAAGAAUGAGUCAAGAGUUAUCCAAGAUAUAUCCCGAUUAAUUAUACCUUCGGCAGAAUCUCUCGCCGUUGACGGGGCCAAGAAUCUUAAACACCUAGUUGAAAGCGUCAAUGAACAGUGGAGCUCCUCCAUUGCCUUCUGUGGACCGCGUCCGCAGCCGGAUUAUGCGGCCGGGUUCGGCCGUUCUGCGUUCACGGAAGACCAGCUGAAGAAAUUCGAGCCGUUCCUCGGCUACGACCCGGAUACCUACAGCUCGUUCUUCCUGGCCACCUUCUACAUGUACUUCCCCUUCUUGACCAGUGAGGUGAAAGGCACCGCCGCGCUCGACAUCGCCGACCGGCAGAACGCACACAGCAUGACCCUUGCCGUGAGGGGCGUCAUUGAGCUGUUUAAACUUGUAGGACGCGAAGAUGAGGUCAAUCGCGAGAUCUUGGCUUUCUCGAUCUCACACGACAACAGGACAGUGAGAAUCUACGGCCAUUAUGCGGUCAUUGAGGGAAGCAAGACUUCCUUCUACCGUCACCCUAUCAGAACAUUUGACUUUACGGAACUGGACGGCAGAGAGAAGUGGACUGCUUACACUUUUACGAGGAACGUUUAUGACAAGUGGGCGCCGGAUCAUCUGAAAAGGAUCCGCUCGGCUAUUGAUGCGAUCCCUCCUGGAGUAAAUUUUGAUGUUCCUCAGUCAGAACUUGGACUCUCUCAAUCAAACACCCCAUGCUUUUUGGAGGAUGACGGCCAACUAAGCCAGACAAGCUUUGUAGCCUCAGCAGAAGCUACACCCAAUACUUCCUUCACCCAACAGACGCAUGUCUUGAAGCGGCCAAGGAGGCAGAAAUAG